GCGCGAAGUAUUUGGGCAGAAGGUCUGCACGUGUAGAUAGAUCGCGAUCCCUGCCUGGAGCCCUCCCUGCCCCCUCCUUCCCUGCCUGCCUGCCUGCCUCCCACCUUCCCCUCCGCCGCCCCUUUCCUCUGGAUUGGGAUUCAGCACCACGUUGUUGGACAGUUCCGGCCCCUUCCCUUCCUUUCCCUUCCCUCCUUCCCGCGCGAGUUUGAUCCCCGCUCCCGGGAUGCGGACAGCUCCCCCGGCGAGCUAAUAAAGGCUUGCCAAGCGGCUUGCCAUCCAUCUCCACCCUGCCUUGGAGGAGUUUCCAGCGCGGAUUCCAAAGAGGCUGCCAGCGCCAGGGCAGCUCCUCAGCGAAGGCAUGAGGCGCCUUCAGCACCAGGGCGGCUCUGGACAGCGACUUACGCAAGCCGAGAGGCACCCGAGGAGCAGAGGCGCCCCUGCCCCUUGACGGAGGGGCAUCUCCACAGCCAAAGGGAAGCAUAGGCAAGAAGAGAAGCCCAAGUGCCUGGCUCGGCUGGGAAACCACCAAAGCCCCCAGCACGGAAGAAAGAAGGAGAAAGACAGAGAGACGGAGAGAGAGAGAUGCGUCUCCCCUCGCCUAACAGGUGUCUCUACUUGGCAAGGUGCUGUGCAUUUCCUCCUCCGCAGUGGCUAGCAAAAGUAAAUCUUCUCGCAGUGAUUGCUUCUUCUACAGUUUGUCUGAAGCUGAAGCUCCCUCAAGUGGGCCCUUGAACUCAGUGCUUGGUCCUCUAAGCCAUCUGUCCUCUUGGUGACAGCUUGGACUCUUGUUCCUGUUUCAGUUACCCACUGCAAAUGACAUAGCACUUGAGAUCUUUGCCCUGACUAGGGGCCCCUGGUGGUUUGGAGGGGCUUUUCCUGCCUCUUCGGAGAAGCACAAUGGCCUUCUCUCCCACUUUAUGGAUUCUACUGGUCUGUCCCAUUGUCUGCCAUGGCAUUAUUCACAAUCCCAGCUACAGUGUGGCAACCAAGAAGGAGAUCAGCUUGGAAGGAGACCUGGUUAUUGGAGGCUUGUUUCCAGUUCAUGAGAAAGGUAACCCUACAGAAGAGUGUGGCAAAAUCAAUGAACACCGUGGCAUCCAACGUCUUGAGGCCAUGUUGUUUGCCCUAGACGAAAUCAACAAAAACCAGCAUAUUCUUCCAGGCAUCAAGCUAGGGGCGCACAUCUUAGACACCUGUUCCAAGGACACCUACGCCUUAGAGCAGUCGCUGGAUUUCGUCCGUGCCUCUCUCACCAGGGUCGAUGGCUCUGAGCACAUCUGCCCUGACGGGUCCUAUGCCAUCCACGAUGAUGUUCCCCAAGCCAUCACAGGGGUUAUUGGAGGCUCCUACAGUGACGUCUCAAUCCAGGUGGCUAAUCUACUGCGACUGUUCCAGAUUCCCCAGAUCAGCUAUGCUUCCACUAGUGCCAAGCUCAGUGACAAGUCUCGCUAUGAUUACUUUGCUCGCACCGUUCCACCAGAUUUCUAUCAAGCUAAGGCUAUGUCUGAGAUCCUGAGGUUUUUUAACUGGACCUAUGUCUCCACGGUGGCCUCAGAAGGUGACUACGGAGAAACAGGAAUUGAAGCUUUUGAACUGCAAGCCCGAGCCCGCAACAUUUGCAUUGCUACCUCUGAGAAAGUGGGGCGAUCCAUGAACAAGAAGACUUUUGAUGGUGUGAUUAAGGCACUGAUGCAGAAACCCAGUGCAAAAGUGGUAGUUCUGUUCACCCGAAGUGAGGAUGCACGGGAGUUGUUGGCAGCUGCCCAAAGGAUCAAUGUUUCCUUCACAUGGGUAGCAAGUGAUGGUUGGGGUGCUCUUGAGAGUGUAGUGGCUGGUAGUGAACCAGUGGCUGAGGGAGCUAUAACGAUUGAAUUAGCAUCCUAUCCAAUACAGGAAUUUGCUGUGUACUUUCGGAACCUUGACCCAUACAACAACAGUCGAAACCCAUGGUUCCGGGAAUUUUGGGAACACAAGUUCCAGUGCAGCUUCCACCACCAAAACUGUAGCCGCUUCUCUCUAAAAACAGGAAAGUUUGAGCAAGAAUCAAAGAUUAUGUUUGUAGUCAAUGCAGUCUAUGCAAUGGCCCAUGCCCUGCACAACAUGUACCAAGCGCUGUGCCCAAAUGUCUCCAAGCUUUGUGAUUCCAUGAAGCCAGUGAAUGGCAAGAAAUUCUACAAGGAGUUCAUGCUCAAUGUAACGUUUGAUGCUCCAUUUCGGCCAUCAUUAGACACCAAAAGUACAGUUCGAUUUGACAGUUGUGGAGAUGGAAUUGGCCGCUACAAUAUCUUUAAUUACCACAGAAGCAAUGGGAGAUAUCACUAUCAGAAAGUUGGCUACUGGGCAGAAGGGCUCAUCCUCAACACAAGCCUCAUUCCAUGGGUGAAGACCUCAAUCCCUGUUUCCCAGUGCAGUGACCCUUGCAAGAAGAAUGAAAUGAAGAGCAUGCAGCCAGGAGACAUGUGCUGUUGGAUAUGUAUCCCAUGCCAGCCUUAUGAGUAUCUGGUGGAUGAGUUUACAUGCCAGGACUGUGGUCCUGGCUAUUGGCCCAAUGAGACAUUAAAUGGAUGCUAUGAGCUACCCCAAGAGUACAUCCGCUGGAAAGAUGUGUGGGCUAUUGGACCUGUUACUAUUUCUUGCCUUGGUUUCAUCUCCACAAUGUUUGUUUUUGGGGUCUUUGCUAAGAACAAUGACACUCCCAUUGUGAAGGCUUCUGGCCGUGAGCUGUGCUACAUCCUGCUCACUGGGGUAUUGAUGUGCUACAGCAUGACAUUCAUCUUCAUUGCCAAGCCCUCCACCGCAGUCUGUACCCUGCGUCGCCUAGGACUGGGUACCUCCUUUGCUGUCUGCUACUCCGCUCUCCUGACCAAGACAAACCGUAUCGCUCGUAUCUUUAGUGGGGUGAAAGAAGGUGUGCAACGCCCCCGGUUCAUAAGCCCCACUUCACAGGUGGUUAUCUGCAUGGCUCUUAUUUCUUGCCAGAUAAUCAUUGUUAUCAUCUGGCUCAUGGUGGAGACUCCUGGUACACGAAAGGAGACAGAGCCAGACAAAAGAUACAUUGUCACUCUCAAGUGCAACAACCGAGAUUCAAGUAUGCUGAUUUCACUUACCUACAAUGUCCUCUUGAUCGUCUUAUGUACAGUCUAUGCCUUCAAGACCAGGAAAUGUCCUGAAAAUUUCAAUGAGGCCAAGUUUAUUGGAUUCACCAUGUAUACCACAUGCAUCAUCUGGUUGGCCUUCUUGCCCAUCUUCUACGUCACCUCCAGUGAUUACCGGGUCCAAACUACCACAAUGUGUAUCUCAGUAAGCCUCAGUGGCACAGUGGUCCUUGGUUGCCUCUUUACACCGAAGCUACAUAUCAUCCUCUUCCAGCCCCAGAAGAAUGUAGCCAGUCACCGGGUUUCCACCAAUCGGUUUAGUGUGACAGCUGUGGGCUCCAGCCAUUCGCAUGGGUCAUCUUCUCAAUAUGUCCCAACUGUGUGUAAUGGCCGUGAAGUGGUGGACUCCACGACGUCAUCCUUGUGAACACCUGUGUUCUCCAUCAGUGAUUGUGUGUUGCCUCUGUGCUCAUUCCCUAUGAACACAUGCCUUUUAUUUUCCCACUGGGCCUUUUGCUUCCUUUAAAGAAAACCUUGUUUCCUAAACUUACUUGUUGGAUAUGUUUUUCCCAACAAAAUGAAAUAGGCAUAUGAAAACUGAGACCAAACCUUUGUCCUCUGAAGUCCAGCACCAACAAAAUCCUACAGGAAAACCUGAGCACAGUCAGGAACAUAUCUAUAAAGCGGCCCAUGAUGUACCUUUAUGGUAUGGAUAAAGAACAAAAUGGAUUUCCUAGCUGUUCACCUGGACAACAUGAUGCCGUUCUAUUUAUAAAAAAUCUAUAUAUGUAUUAAUCUUCCUCUUUCUCUUCCAAGACUUGAAAAAGAAUGAUGAUGCUUUGUUUACCAUCCCACAAGCCCUGAAACUUCUUCUCAACACACAAAACAAUACUUCCGCUAUUAGAGGAAGAGGGAAGAUCAGUAGCCACAAACUCUGAAAGAAUAUGAAAGAAUCUACAGUAUUAUCAACAGAAGAGAUGGGAUAAAACAAUCUCCCUCUUUUAAAAGCUGACAGCACACACAGAUACUUACAGUGACUCAAAACAUAAAUGGAUGCAUUCUUAUGGUUGCCUGUUGCUUUGCAAGCAUAGUCCCAACAGAGAUGCUACCUAAAACAAACCGAACUGUGACAAUAUCUGAGAAAGAAAGAUAAUCACAUCUGGUUUUUGAUCUGACAGUUUGCUCUGCAGAGUAAAGCAGAUGAAUCUAGGAAACAAUGCAUAAGAGGAGACUACAGCAUUGCCUGUAAUAACAACAACGAAGUACAGAAAGAGGGGACCACUGAAAAAUAUCUCCCAUUACUUGCUCUGGUAAGGGAUUGUGAGUGAUUAAGUGCAGAAACAAAGAGAGAACCAGGUUGUUUGACCAGUAAGAAGAGGCCUGAAUGUGCAAUGAUACAAGAAUUGACCAAAAAUCCUGAAGGUUGCUUCUGCAUUGUCUAGGAUGUAGAAAGAAGAUGCAGAUCUUGAAAUGAGAGCUCAUUAUAGAGGCAAAUGGCUCUUGUAGGAUUCAUUCACAUAAUGAAGGUAAAUGGAAGGGGAAAUAUAUAGCUGAUGUACAUCUAUGGGAUCAGAUUUUCAUAUUUCUUAGUGGUUGAGAUUAACCUGUAGAAAGAUUGUGGGUCUUACUGUAGAACCAUGGAAGAAGAGUUUAUUCAGAAAUGUGUAUUUCAAACGAUAACCAUUUUAGCACAGCUGCAAAAUGGAAGAGACAUGUUGGACAAAAAUCCUCACUGGUAUAAUGGGAAUGGGAGAAGAAUGCCUUUCUGACCAAGAGCCUAUAUCGGCUGCUUGCCUUUUACACUGACAUUUUGUAGGGACUAAUGACUACCAUCCUAUUCACACUUGCAUUUUACUACCAGCUGCUUGCCAUUUUAAAACUUGCUUGUUCUCCCCUGAAAUGUUAGAUAAGCUCUUUUUUGUGCCAGGUCCUUAAUGGGGAAAAUGUAUGGCAGCCUUCAAAGAGUUCCUAGUAUAUUAAAAGAAGAGGCAGAGAGCUAUGGAGCAAUUUCUGUAAAUAGUAUGGUCAGGAAAGAUUAGCAGGGAGAUGUGCCCACUUCUUUGCAGACCUUUGAGUUCAUAUGUACAUGCCUUAUUCUCAGCUGGUCCGCUGUGGUUGGUGUUUAAUACCCAUCAGAUUUCUGAACUCUAUAAGCAGUACGCUAAAUUACUCAAAAUGCAUUUCACUUAAUGGAAAAAGCUGCCUUGUCUCCCAUUUCCUUCCUGCACUUCUUCCAUUCUAGCCAAACCUUCUAUGUAGGUGUACAAACAGUGGAUUUGUAUUAACUAUUCAUGUUAAGUGGCUGAGAAGAGUGUAGCAAAACUCUCAAUCUGUUGGACCCCAGAUCUUGCCAGACUAUAACUUUAUGAAUCUUUCAACAUUGACUAUGCUGUCUGGGGUCUCUGGGAAAUGAAGUCUAAUAUUAUACAGAAGUCUGGUUUGGGAACCUCUGGCCCAUACCUUUCUGCAUCUAUCUAGGAUGAUGUUACAAUCUCACUCCUCGUAGAAUGUAUGAAGUAGGGCUGGGCAUCUGGAGCCCUGUAGCUAUGGUUGGGCACCUUCCAUCAAUCCUAAUCAGUGGAGAAGAAUCAUGGGAGCAGUAAUGUAAUAACAAAUUGAAGGCCACAGCUUUUCCAGUCCUGCUUUGUAUCUUUGAUAUGACACACCAAACAAGGAUAAGUAUUUCAACAAACACUACCACAAUCCCUUUCUUUAUGUAAAGAGGGAUUUGAAGACAUAGCUAGAUUCCAUUGAUCCAAACUUGUAAUGGAGCACAUGAAGCUGACUCACUGUCAAAACAGGCUUGGUUCCCUACCCCUGUCUCUUAGACUGAGGGACUGAGAGUCUUUGCCUCUUGCCAGCUAAUUCUAGAUUCUGUCUUAGGGUCUCAGUAUCACCUUCUGGUCAACAGAGUGCCCAGAUCACAAAGGUGAUUAAAGUAGACACGCCAAGUUAACAUCAGUUUUCCACUUAAACACUUUUAAGUCUUGGAAUUGCAGGAUAUUUACAUGGAAAAUGAGCAGGCUCUUUUGAUAGUUUUUAAAGGUUAUUUAUUAUAAGAAUUCAUAGAUAACACAAGCAUAUUCACUCCCUUUAUGAAGAAGCAAAGACAUAACAAGAUCUAGGUACUUAAGUUUAAUUAUGUAACAUGUAAGGUGUUACUGUUAUUGUUGUUGUGUGCCUUCAAGUCAUGUCUGAUUUAUGGUGACCCUAAGGAGAUCCUAUCGCAGGAUUUUCUGGGUAAGAUUUUUUCAGUGGGGAAACCUUUGCCUUUUUCUGAGUCUGAGAGAGUAUGUCUUGCCCCAGGGCAACUCAAUGGGUUCCCAAGGCUGAGUAGGGAUGCAAACUCCAUAGUAACUAUUUGGUACUCAGACCACUACACCACUGGCUCUCAUUAAAUCAUAUUAUAUGACUAUCAAGAUGAUAUACUUUUGCAACAAUUGAACCAUGAUCUCUCUGCAUCUCUCUAACUAACUUCACAAUAACAUGUUUAAGAGCAACAACCUUCUAAACCAGACUUGCACAACUUUUCAAUAGGUAGGGGCCAAAAUUAAAAUAGGUUGAACUUCUUAGGGCCUCACUUUCCAAGUAAAAGUAUAAUUAAUAUUUUUUUUGCAAAUAAACCAUAUUAUAAAAAGAGACAUUUUAAUUAAUAUCACUUAAUUAUACUUAUUACGUAAGAUUUUUUAUUUAUCAUGAAAUCAUAUUAAUGUUAAAAAAUACUUUGCUAAGUGGUAGAAGUUUGAAUACAUUUUUCAGGUUUUCUUACAGUUUACAUUUAGUUAAUGGGACAUUUUUUACUUGUGGUCAGCAAUCAGUUUAUCAUACACAGGAAUUAUGUUUGAAAUCAAUGUUUUCAAAAUCAUUGAUGCACUCACUUUUCCCUGUUCAACAACAUCAAUGACCAAAAACAAGACAAAAAUAUACAACUUUUUCUCCUCUUGGACAGAAACAGCCUGAUGAUGGUUUGUGGUCAUGGAUCAUGUGACAAACAGGAGAGAGAGUGCAGUGGCAACCUACCCACCAAAUUACAUGAUGGGCAUAAUAGUGACUAGUGGGAGGGUAGUUAACCUCAUAAUCAUCAUAAUCAUAAUCAUCAUCACCAAGUUCUUCCGUAAAUACAUAAUUUCCCAUAGUGUCUGCUAAGACAUUAUACAGACAUUUCCUAAAGGUUUUUCCAUGUACAGAAUUCCAUCCCUUAUAUCAAGUUCAUUAUCCUCUCAACCAUACAACUUAGCCAAUAACUGUAAUAUUCAAGAACCUUUCACAACUCUAGCAGGCUUCUGUAAGACGCAGGCAUUCAAGGGGUAAUCUCUUUGUUAAUUCUAAGCAGUAUUUAUUAUUACACUAGGAGAAAUCCCUGCUCAGCCAUGGAAACCCUUGCAUAUCUCAUGCUCUCCUAGCCUCUGAGGAAGGCAAGGGCAAGCCAUCUCUGAACAAAGGUUGCUAAGAAAACCCCUUGAUAGAUAUACCUUAAAGGUAAAGGUAAAGGUAGUCCCCUGACAUUAAGUCCAGUCAUGUCUCUGGGGUGUGGUGCUCAUCUCCAUUUCUAAGCCGAAGAGCCAGCGUUGUCCAUAGACACCUCCAAGGUCAUGUGGCCGGCAUGACUGCAUGGAGCGCCGUUACCUUCCCGCCGGAGCGGUACCUAUUGAUCUACUCACAUUUUGCAUGUUUUCGAACUGCUAGGUUGGCAGAAGCUAGGGCUGACAACGGAAGCUCACGCCGCUCCCCAGAAUCGAACCUGCGACCUUUCGAUCAACAAGCUCAGCAGCUCAGUGCUUUAACCCACUGCGCCACCGUAAUGUAAGAUAUACCUUAGGGUCACCAAAAGUCAGAAACAGCUCAAUGGCAUACAAAACAACAAUUUCCAGUACCAGCAUAAAUCAGCAUUUUAGGGCCGCAUUGGAGGCAUGCUGAAAGCAGCCUGAUAAUAACUAUUUGGGCCUCUUUUUAUCUUCUCCCAACACCCUUAUUAUUAUUAUUAUUAUUAUUAUUAUUAAUAAUAAUAAUAUUAAUUUAUAUACCUCUCUCCCCGAGGGGACUCAGAGCAGUUUCCAAGUAACAACACCAAAACAUACAGAGUAAACAACAAAAACAUAAAAUUAACAAAACAACAUAAGCAUAAAAUUAUCACAAUAACACAUAUAUAUUAAGUCAUCUUAUCAGCUGACCAAUGAAAAUAAACUACAUCAGAUGGGCCCAUUGCCCAUGUUCAUUUACCUUAGGGUUUCAUAGAAAUUAUAAGUAGUCUAUCUACAAGGAGGGUCAGGCUAGUGCCUGCAUACCUCUCUUGGGUGCAGUUGUUUACAUUUCAGGGCAUCUGGCAUUGUUCCCUGCCUGAUGUGUACUGUAGUCAGUUUUCUACUGGCACACAUGUGGGGAAUUAACUGCCUUUAGUAGAUAAUAUUAGGUUAAAUUAUAUCCUUUUAAAGUUAUAUGCCCAGGCCAAGAAGUUGGCAACAGAACAUUCUCUGGUCUGUAACACUGGCCACCAGACCCUUGUGUUAUAAUAGUGCUGGAAAUUUGAUAGGCUUGAAUAUACAUGGUGCUGUUUGAUGAAGACUCAUUUUUUCAGUGUUAAUAGUCAUGUUAUUGUCUACUAUAGGCAGCUGCUAUAAAGUGUACUUUCUAGAUAAACCACACUGUACUGCCAGUCUCAAGCACCAAACCAAGGAUGGGACUCAUACAGCCCUGCAGACAUGCUGGAUUGCAACUCUCAGAAAUCUUAGCCUAACUCAUAGUAGAAAUUGUAGUACAAGCUCUGGAUAAAGGUGCCUGCUUUGGUGCCUCAGAUUGACAAUAUGUUGCAGUUUACCAACAGGUUUCAAAGUGAAAGCAAGAUGAAUAAGGAAUGCAUGAGCACUGGCUACUUUGCAUCAUAGCAGGGCAAUGUAGGUUACAACUUCUUUGCCUAGGAUUCGCACCAAAUUAAAAUCAGGAUGGCAGCAUAAAUCAGGACGAACUGUUGGGUCCAUAAGGGAUCAGAGGUUCCGACUGCUACUUGGCCUGAUCGCUCUGCUGUCCACAAAAAGGCUUUACAUACCACAGUGUUUGCUCCACUUAUGCUAAAAAUACUGAGCCUAGAUUCUCUUUUGCAGAAGGGCCACAAAAGUGAGGAAAUGGCAAUGGAGAUGCCGUCAAUCAAAGGUUUUGAAACCUAGUGCUAUUUUUGCAGUAUAAUCUCAGUUCAACUCUGAUGCUCGACAAUCACUUGGAAGGAAGUUCUUCUCUGUGAAUGGAAUACUUGUUCUCUAGCAGAUGAGAAAAAUGAAAUUUCCCAUGUAAUUCUCUCUAUUGGGGGAGACGGGGGG